UCAGAAGAAAAACCAGGGGAUAAAUUAAAUCUACAGUAUUUAUACUGUCACAAAUAAACCAAGUAAACAAUGUUCCUGUUGGUAUUUUUAACAGUGAUCUUUACCAUUUCCUUGUGUCAUGGUUGUAGCCAGAGGAACACAGUAUCUAUUGAAGACAAUCUUAAAACAUCUCAUCUUGUCGUAGGUGCAACGAUCAUUGGUGAAAAUGUUACUUUUUAUAAGGCAAAUGUGUUAUGUGUGAUUAAGAACAGCAAGAGAUUAAAUGAACGAUAUGUAUUAAUUCCAAAAGAAGGUACUCACAGUGAUGGACUAUGUUUUGAAAACAACUUCGAGUAUUAUACAAAGUACAUACUAUUCUUAAGAGAGCUUGUACCGAGUGCACCUUUAUAUAGGACGUACAGCGCUGAGCUGCCUUAUAGUAGACUCACAGAAAUGAAAGAUAUCUGUGAAAAUUCAAACAUAUGCGAAGAAGGUAAAGAUAGCUGCUUCAGUGGGACAGGAACUACAAUACGAUUAGUGUGGACAAUUAUGUGUGUUCCUAUGGUACUGAUGUACCUCGGAUAUUUUACAUGAGAAGCAUACU